CCUCGUUUCGCCUUUCCUUCAAGACCGUCAAGAUGCCCAGGGCCCCGCGGAACCACAGCAAGACUUACAAGGUCCCUCGUCGACCUUUCGAAUCCGCGCGUCUCGAUGCCGAGCUGAAGCUCGCCGGCGAGUAUGGCCUUCGCAACAAGCGCGAGAUCUGGCGUAUCUCCCUUGUGCUCUCGAAGAUUCGUCGUGCCGCUCGUGAGCUCCUCAAGCUCGAUGACAAGGACCCGAAGCGUCUUUUCGAGGGUAAUGCCCUCAUCCGCCGUCUUGUGCGCAUCGGUGUGCUCGAUGAGACCCGCAUGCGCCUUGAUUACGUGCUGGCCCUCAAGCUCGAAGAUUUCAUGGAGCGCAGGCUUCAGACUCAGGUCUUCAAGCUCGGGCUCGCGAAGAGUAUUCAUCACGCCCGUGUACUCAUCAGGCAGCGCCACAUUCGGGUCGGCAAGCAGAUCGUCAACGUCCCGUCGUUCGUCGUUCGUCUCGACUCGCAAAAACACAUCGACUUCGCGUUGACUUCGCCCUACGGAGGUGGACGUCCCGGUCGUGUCAAGCGCAAGCGCGCUGCCGCUGCCGCUAAGAAGGAGGAGGGUGGCGAUGAGGAAGAAGAGGAGUAAAUGCCUGCCCCCUCCCACUGCUAUGGUCACUCUCGCAUGUAUAGGCUCAUCAUGCAAUUUCAUCAUGCCACGAAACCAGCUCUGCGUAAUUUCGCCCCCACCUCUGAUAUCUUAUCACGUCACGAAGCCUCGCUAUCAUCAGAACACGAAAAUCAUAGCACCUAUUGAUUUUUGUGCACAGAAUCGCAGUCAGCGUACAGAUGAAUUAUCAUUAUGUUUAUAGGCACAAUAAUCAUACAAUCCCAAACCACAUUGCGCGACGGUGACGAUCAAUCAUCUAUUCAAUCGCUUCACUUUUGUCAUGCGCCGUGAGACAAGCUGUAUUCUGCAAGUCUGUGGUUCUCAGGCGGUAUCGACGAGUUGACCUUUGAAGCCGUCACCUCGCCUGACAGCAACUAGGCCACGCAGAAGAACGACGAAAACGGCGACAGUUACAAGGAUCCAUUCAAUCCAAGCAAACGCCUCCGCCGCGUUGAGCUGCCCACAGUACGCGAAUUGCGAGUGACUGCAGUUUUGUCCGCCGCCGAGAGCGGCCGUGAUCGCGGCUGCGCCCGCAGUCCACCAGACCCACGUCAAGAAGAGGAAGAUGCCGUGGCUGGCGACGCUGGUGAGAAUACUGCCAGUGGUAUAAAACCAGAAUCCGAGAGCGUAGACUAGAGAGAAGAGGAUGGUCCAACAGGACGCGAACACGAGGAACCUGGAGCGUGCGCGAACCUGGGCGUUCGACCCAGCGUGGUGGUUAGCAUAGCGGGCUGUUAACCAGGCGGAGAUGGCCAGUUCGACGAUAGCGAACAGAAUCAUCAGUCCAAAGACAACUUCAAAGGUAUCUGAUCAGAUUGAUGCGUGGAUAUCCAGAGCUACUCGUACUGGGAUGUCCGCGGCGAAUAUGAGUAUCGACGGGCAUUAUGGCGUAGAGUAGUCGUGCGCGGGUCGUACAACAGAAGGCUGUGUAUGUAUACUGCAGAACAAGCUGGCGAG